AUGUCUCUUCGAUGCUCAGUCUACGUAACCCCCUCUCUGCCCUUCCAGCGACCCGACGGCAAACGAGCCAUCUGGUCUCCGAUCUCCAGCACUCUCAUCAUCGGCGAGAAAGAAGCAGUCCUAGUUGAUACACCAUUUACCAUCGACCAAACGAACGAUUUGGCCGACUGGAUCGAGAGCCAGAUUCCCAGCAAGACUCUGACGGCCGUCUACAUCACCCACGGCCAUGGAGACCACUGGUUUGGUCUUCCUGUCCUCCUGCGUCGAUUCCCCAGUAUCAUGAAUACCUACGCGACAAAAGGAACAAUCGAGCAUAUGAAAGAAGACAGCCAUUCAAGAAACUUCACUCGAGUCUGGAAACGGUUAUUUCCAGGUUUAAUCGAUGAAAACUUCCAGCUCGCUUCGCCUCUCCACGACGGGCAGUUUGUGGUUGAAGGCCACGUUUUCCAGGCGAUCGAAGUGGGCCACACGGACACGCAUGACUCGACCGUCUUAUGGGUUCCUGAUAUCAAACUGGCCGUUUGUGGAGACGUGGUGUACGGCGAUGUCCACCAGAUGCUGGCGGCAGCCAACACAUCUGCAUUGCAGGAAGAGUGGAUUGCGGCUAUCGAGACGGUGGAGGCACUUGGACCUCGACUGGUGGUGGCCGGGCAUAAAAAGCCCGGCGAGAUGGACGGAGUAUGGCAUUUGGCCAAUUCCAAGAAAUAUAUCCGUGAUUUUAUGCGGUUGCAGGAUGACGCUGUGGAUGCGGAGGAUUUGAAGAGGAAGAUGGUGGGAUUGUAUCCGACUCGGAUGAAUCCGCUGGCGCUGGAGUGGAGUGCGACAGUCAAUAUGAAGAUGAAGAUGAAGCUGUAGUCUGAUUAUAAAUUAAGAUUUAUACUUC